AUGAAUUUAGGGAGUAAUAACAACAAUGAACGCAAACAAUUCGCCUUUGACCUCAACGUCAAACCUGUUGAGGAUGACAAUUCCGAUUUUCCCGAAAACUCAGAUUUGUGUACGAUUUGUCUCGAGCCGUUGGUCAACACACGGGACGAUCGUCGAACAUUUGUUACGCUAAGAUGUGGCCAUAAGUUUCAUCUCGAUUGUAUUGGUUCAGCCUUUAAUGCAAAGGGCUUUAUGCAAUGCCCAAACUGUAUGCAAAUAGAACCAGGUCAAUGGCGAUAUGCAACCAACCCUCCAAUCCCAAAUAUUAGUGAGGGUGACUGGCUUACCGAAGAAGAAGAUGAUGAUGCAAACAGUGAUAGGGCUACACAAUCUUCUCUUGCUGCUUCUCUCGGUCCAUAUUUCAAUAGCCACAGGAUCACCGCCAUAGAGGAAGUCCAACAGAGGGCUCCACCAUCUCGUCAAUUGACUUUCUCAAGGGUUUUAGAGCCUGGGGUGAUGGCAGGGAGACACUAUCUUGCACAUCCAUCUUUCCACCACAAUCCCUCAGUACGCAAUGCCCCACUGUUUCCGCCUUAUCCAAACACCGGCACACUGCAAGUUAACGGGAUUCCAGCAGCACUCUUGGGCGAUUCAUCUGCACCAGUUAUGUUUUCGUCUGGUAGGGAACAAGUGGCUGGAGGAAUCUCACAUUCUUGGACUAGUUUUACGUAUGAGACGCCGAGGGGUUUUCCCAGCAGUAGCCGUGGAGGCGGAACAAGUGUUAAUGACGGUGACGGCAUUGGAGUAAGCAGCAGUAAUGGUGGAACAGGUGGAGGUGGAAACGGUGACUGUAAUGGAAUAAGUGGUGGUAACAACUUAAGCGGCUGCAGACCUGCUUAA